UUUCAGGUGAACACGAUAAGAAGAGAGUGCAAUGCAAAGAUAACCUUAACUGACUGUCAGAGUUAAAUAUGGCUUAUAUUUUGCUAGAAACGUCCUUAUAUCGAUUUGUUCUUCCGAUAGCAUUACUUACUGGCGCAUUAAUUCGACCAAGCUUUAUCUCUAUCGCGUACGUUAUUUUCGCCUUAAUUGGUCCGCAUCUGGGACCAUUGUUGUCAUCGGCACCAGUUCAACGAGCGCAUCGUGUUUAUUUUAUUUCCAUCUUGGUAACAGCAUCCCUUGCUUCCGUUGUUCACUUGAGCUAUCAGAUUUAUGAAUCGUUUUUCCAACCAAAUAUUGACGAGUAUUCGAAAACAUGCAAUAUAUCAGUUUGGAACUUUUGGUUACGACAAAUUGGAUUAAUUAGAAUCAAACGUUAUUCUGGCUUCGACACAAUACGUGUAGUUCUUCCUGAGUUCCUGGCAUUUUCAGCUUCUCUAGCAACUACUGUUUGUUGCCUCCUUAUUCAUCGGAGUAAUGAUUCCAGAAGUAGCACUCGUAUCACUAACGUGCAAGCAGUACGGGAAAGUUCAAGCAUUAUUGAGUCCGAGAAAACAAGCAUCACUAAAGCAAUGGUUUUGUUUCUCAAAAAGCUCUCAGAUGUUUUAGUAAUCUUGGCUGUCGGUUUAGUCGGCAUUUUUCAGCCAUGUAUUCUCAGCUCCGUUUAUUUCAUUACAUUUCUGUUUGUCGCAACGUGGUGGGCAUUGCACAAACCUCUUCACCGAUAUAUUUUCAAUAGGCUUAAACGUCUAGUCAUCUGCUAUUGCGCACUACACUUCCUGCUGCUUUAUAUGUAUCAAAUACCAUUCUUUCAAAUCAUCUUACCUGGACAGUCAUUUUUUGCUCGUUUGUUUGGUUUUGUUCCAGUUUUAUAUACGGAUUGCAAUGCUUGGUGGUCGCUGAGUAUCAUUUCACUUGAUUAUUGGACAUCAUUUACCAAUAUAAUAGCUGUACUAGUUUUAUAUCACCUUUUGAUUAUGCAGUAUGGUUUAACAAAAUGUGGAAUUCAUCGUGAAUAUAGGGCUUGUGAAGGCACUGGAAGCAUUAUGCACAGAGAACUCCUUGCAGAUGACGCCAAUCCUCACUAUGUCGGAAAUCUACAUCAAGCUAACCUUUGUCAUGCUGAUCAUCAGGAUAUGCCCACUGUUUUUGUUGAACUGAGAGGAUAUGAAACAAUAUCUCAAGGAUUCAGUGCUGCACUAACUUUCAUUUCCCAUCACCUCCAUAUUUUUUCACUAACGACUAUGACGUUGUGGGCACUUUUGUACCACUCAGUAUUUGGUCUCGUACUUUUAGUAGAAGUUUGUACCGUUUUGGUUUUCAAGAACACACGCGCUAUGGCACUUCGAGCAUCACCACCACUCACGGCAUAUGUUGAAUUCCUACUUGUUGUGCAGUAUGUAUGCAGCAUGGAUGUCAAAAAUGAAGUACCGCAGUCAAGCUAUUUAGAACUUGCUGGUUUCAUUUUCGCACCCAGUCGAACUGCAGCGUUCAUUACUCUUUUGACGAAGGGUUUAUUGAGCUUACCGCUGUUUGCGCUGCUUUGGGUAUAUUUUCGUGAAAAAUACGGCCGUCCAGCUAGAGCUGAUGAACAAGAGCGAAUGUAUGGUAUUUAUUCAAUAGCUGUUCCCAUCGGCAUAUCUGGUAAUGAGGCAACAUCAUCUCGAAGUACAUCAGUGGGUGUUAGAGUUGUAGCGAAAUACUGGAUUUUUGUUGUCAGUUUUGUUCUGCUCGUUAUUUCAAUCCAUUCACCACCAGUUCUGUAUACUGUCGCUUUUUUCAUAUCAUUCAGUGUGCUAAUUGUCCUGCUACUGUUUUCCUUUGACUGUCUACGACGUCUCUUGUAUAGUUACUUUACAUUCCUGACGAUAUACUCAUUAGCUGUGGUAAUAGUUCUAUAUUGUUAUCAGUUCCCUGCAAUACCGUCGAUCUGGCAGAAAGCAACUGGACUUAGUGAUGAUUGGAAUCACGAUAUAGGCUUAAUCAAUUACAGACAAGAAGGAGAUAGAGGAUCCUUGUUAGUUCAUUUGAUUGGACCAAUUUUACUUUUCAUAGUGGUCAUGUUGCAUUUGAAAUUCUUUUAUGAUCUAUGGUGUCCUUUCGUUGCGCCUAUUCCGAACGCAACUGGUAGCGGUAUAACUGCAGCAACUUCUGAUGAACAAAAGGAUUUUUAUGCCAAAGUGAAGCAUAUCGCUAGCUGUAUGGUGGAAGUGUUAUGGAGCAUUGCAGAAGCUCAUGUGGCCAAGCUUGUCAUGUUCAUCUUAGUUAUUGUUGCUGUCAACGAUAUAUGCGCCCUCAAUUUAACAUUAAUCAUUUUUACUAGUAUUGCUGUUUGUGUUCCGGCAAUCUCAUCGACUCUGUUUCGGUUGUUAUGUAUAUUCAUAUCAGCAUUUGUCACGAUUAGAAUGAUUUAUCAGAUGCAUUUUGUAGUGGAAAAACCACUACCAGUAUAUUCGAAAGAGUUGAUAUGCAAUUCAUCCGAGUAUACUUUAAGUGCAACGGCAUACUGGCUUGGUUUUCGCAAAGCACCCGUUCUUGGAAAUUACAUUGGUGGUUUAAUCGUUGCUUUAUUAGCAAUAACAUUACAAGCGAUUGUUAUCUAUCACCAGCAACAUAAACGUUUGAUAUCCGGGACAAGUGUUCCACCUCGUGGACUGGUGUUUCCGGAAGCAGAUCCCAACAACUGGGAUAAUAAUCUGGUUGAUAUGAUAAAGUUUUUGUUCAAUUAUGGAUUCUAUAAAUUCGGUUUAGAGUUGUCAAUGACGAUGAUGGUCGUGGUGGCAUGGAUGCGAAUGGAUUUACUGGCUACGCUUCUACUUAUUUGGUUAAUGGUUUUCGUAUUAAGCUCUCGUGUAACCUGCCGUUGCUUAUGGCCAGUGUUCCUUUUUUAUUUAGCCGUCCUAUUUCCCAUGCAGUAUGCCUUCUAUGUUGGCUUGCCACCAUCCCUCUGUUUCGAUUAUCCAUGGAGCCGGUGGUUAUCCAAUCCACUACAAAAUGAUAAUUUGAUAUUUUGGUUGGAUUUGGCUAGUUAUCGCUUUGAGUUAAAUGCAAGGAAGUCAGUGGCCGACUUCCUCCUCCUUUUAAUGGUUGCCUGUCAGGAAUACGCUUUUCGAAAUGAAAGCAGUUCACCAGCAGGUGACAAUGUCUCCAUUUAUGCUAACAGCGAAUGCUUUGAUCUGAAACGGAGCAACCCAACAUAUGAUUUCAUUGCUCAACAGCAGAGUUCUGUCGAUUUCUUGAAAAUAAUUAUCUUUAUGUACGGGCACUGGAUAACUAUUAUAACGGUGUUAGUGGCCAGUCUGGGUGGAGUAUCUUUAUUCGCCCUUGGUUAUAUCACUUUGGCGUUUUGGAUACUUUGGCAAGGAGCAGAUUUGUAUAUUAUGCAAGAUUAUCGCAAGACCCUCAAACGGUGGAACUUACUUCUGUACUACACAGUAUUUGUCAUGUUUUGUAAACUUGCCUUACAGAUUUUCGCAUGUGCUUUUGUCCACGUACUGAUAGAAACAAAUCUUUGUUGCAUUCGUCAGCUGUUAAGCAUUGUUUGUGUAAGCACAAUUCCUGGAAGAACAAGCAACUAUUACUUACCCAGUGAACAACAAGAAUUCGACAAAGAAUGUGCGGUGCAAAAAUCGGAAACUCAAAUAGGCUUUGACACAUUUGCGUUUGGCUUAUUAGUGUUACAACUUCGGGUCUUUAACUCAUGGUAUUUCCAACAUUGUGUGGUUGAGUACCGAUCUGUAGCCGUACUAAUGAAUCGUGGCGCAGUUCUUCAAGACCAGCUUAUUGAGAGAGAAAUGAUAGAACAGAAGAAACAACAAGAGCAGAAAUUCAGAAAUAUCAAAGUGCGCACGGAUCAAAUUCGUAAGGACUACGAAAAACGUCUCAGCAAAGUUGGCACUUUUGUGCCACAAACAUAUGGCCAAGCCAAAAGAGCCGGUGAUUAUUAUAUGUUCCAAUAUGAUCCAUCAGAGGAUGUACUGGAUGAACAACUGGAAACAUUUGUUCCAGAAGUAACACCAGGAGCUGGUGAUUUUAACAAAUUGGAUCCUGCUCAGCUGGUGCAUACCGCUAUGCAGCGUGAUCUUAAUUUGGCUCAAACUUUGGAUGCUGUCAAUUCGGCUGAGCGAAUUGAAACUGAUGAAGAAAGGCGUAUGAUCAAAGCUGUUUCGGACGAGAUGAAAUUACCCCAACAAGAGAAAACAGUAAUGGAAUUAUCAAUCGGUGAAGAACCAAAGUCUGAAGGGCAGUUUAUAGCAAGCUUACGUUUUCUGCAAAAAAUCUUUACUUCUGCCCUUGGUUGGCUUGCGGCUUUUUUGAACCGUAGAUCUCGUGAACAUCGAUAUGUUGCUUAUGUCCUUGGAAAGGAAAAAGUGAAACUAAAAGAAAGGCUGAAACAGCCAUUGGUGGAUGCUUCCAGAUCAGUACUUGACGUUCGACAAGAGUUUAAUCAACAAAAUUUACGUUGUGUUACGAGCGAAAGAGACAUUGAACGAUUGGAAGAUGAAGUCGAGAAUCACUGGCAACAGUGCAAUGUGUUUUUGCGCUUCCUAAGUGCAAUUGGAUAUUGCAUUGCUGCUCAUACCGAUGUCAUUUGUUACCUUCUGGCUAUAAUCAACCAUGCUCGAUGUGCUGGGAUCAUUUCAUUACCACUACCUCUUCUCAUUUUCUUCUGGGGUUCCUUAGCAAAUCCUCGUCCGACAAAAAUAUUUUGGAUUGUAAUGAUAACUUAUACAGAAUUGAUAGUAAUAAUUAAAUUUAUCGCGCAGUUUGGCUUCUUUUCAUUUAACAGCACAGCGAAUAUUAUCAGAGCUGCUAAUUCUGUUGAUUACCUACCUGGAAUUUUGGGCAUUCGGAAGACGGAUUAUUAUGCUUUUUGGGAUAUCGCCUUACUCGUUGCUCUCUUUUUCCAUCGAUAUAUGCUUCGAAGGUUGGGUUUAUGGAAAGGGACGGAUGUUAUGUUUACAGCAUCUAUUCCGCCGGUACAAAUAAGCAAUACUACCAAUACGAAUUUGUCGGGUACAUCUCAAACCGAUGUAUGUUUUUCCUUUAUGGAACAAGUGGAUGAAUUUCAAUUUCCAAAAAUAUUCAUUUACUCUUACCUCAAUUUGAAAGUUACAGCUCCAAUAUACGUUAAACGCAUCAAGCAUUUUUUCAAUAUGCUUUUCGAUCCACCAGUUCGAUACAUAAAAGAUUUGUAUCCGUUCAUGUUCUUGAUGGAUGUAUUGUGUUUCUUCGUAGUAUCUUUUGGCUUUUCAUCAUUUGACUACGGUGGUACUGGAAGCGUUGUACGAGAUAUCAGUGUAAUAUUUUCGAAAACUUUUGGAUUUUCGAUUUUUUCGGUACAUGCGGAAUUUUGGCCUUCUUGGCUGAACAAAACUGCACAAUUUCUGUAUUUCAUUAAAUGCAUAUAUCUUCUAAUUUCCGCCUGGCAAAUCCGUAAUGGAUAUCCAACUUUGUGUGCGGGCAAUCUUAUAACACACGCCUACGGCAUCGCGAAUAUGAUAUUCUUCAAAUUGUUUAUGGCCAUUCCAUUCUUGUUCGAAUUACGGACGGUCACUGAUUGGACUUGGGUUGACACUUCUAUGCCGCUCUUUGACUUUUUUAACAUGGAAAACUUUUAUGCAGUUAUUUACAAUCUGAAAUGUGCUAGAACUUAUGAGAAGGCAAAAAUUUCAAAUUUCCAGAAAUUUCCGACUCCAAGAGGUGUGGCCAAAGGUGUUGUAAUCAAAUACUUAAUGGGCGUACCAGUAAUAUUGGGUCUUAUUCUUUUUAUUUGGCUGCCAUUACUUUCAUUUUCGCUGCUGAAUAGGAUUGGUAUUGUGUUGCCACCAAAUAAUGUUAUAUUGACCAUUGGGCUUGAAGGCUAUCCCCCCAUGUUUGCCAUCGAAUCUCAGGGUAUGGAAUUGGAAUUCCUGACUGAUGCUGAAUAUCUCAAACUAGAAAAUGCCUUCUCUGAACACUUUACUUCCUCGGAUACAGAGUCGAUACUAAGGGCUCGUCAUGCUGUUGCAUUUGUCAGGGAAUAUAAUCGGGAGAGCAUUAUGAAAGUGCGUUUCCGCCCUGAAUCACACGUACCAUGGCUCAUUUCAAGCGAUGCAUUGGUUGCUAUGAAAUAUGAACUCAAAGAAGGAACAAAAAGACUAAAUGCUGUCAUCAAGAUUACGUGUGAACGCCCUAACAGUAAACAUGCUGAUUAUCCCACACAACAUCUCUAUACAUUAACCAUUCCACUAACAGUAAAUUCUACUGUACGAACUGAAUUGGCCGAAAUUAUAGAUGGUCAAUACAAUGGUAGUAUGUUAUUGGCAAAUGCAUGGCCACCAUAUGUAAUUAUGCCCAAUGAAGGAAAUGUGAAGCCGGCUUCUUCUUUGCUUCAUGUGAUUAGUGGGUCAAAUCUUAUGUUUUGGAAAGCAUUUUCCAACAUAUCCAUGAAACUAAAAUCUGCUCACACUACGGAAAAUAAGAUAUGGAGCGCAGCAUUGAUUCAAGACAAUGAUACUGCUGCGCUUACGCUACCACUCGAACAUAUCAAAUAUGAAAUUAGCCCGAAAAAGUAUCUACAAAUGGUUAUAUUCGUAGACCGUGUUUUUCCAUCAUUUGUUAGCAAAUAUGUCCAAGGAGGUAUUAUCGCAAUGUACCUAGCUGUAGUCAUGUUAGUGGGACGUAUGAUACGGGGUCUUGUGAUGAAUGCUGGUUUGGGAGUUAUGAUUUCUGAAAUCCCCAAUCCGGAUCAUUUACUUAAAAUAUGUCUUGAUAUAUAUUUGGUUCGCGAAGCUAAGGAUUUUGUCUUGGAACAGGAUUUAUAUGGCAGAUUGAUCUUUCUGUUUCGAUCACCUGAAAACCUUAUCAAAUGGACUCGAGAUAAAGUCAAAGCUGAUUAA